AUGACCACGCGCGCGCCUUUGGCUCCAGCGACCGCAGCUGCGGUUGCAGCAAACUCCAGUGCACACUCCAGCGCGCACUCCGGCUCGCUCACCGUCGUCGGGCUCCAUUACAAAAUCGGCAAGAAGAUUGGCGAGGGCUCGUUCGGCGUCAUCUUCGAGGGCUCCAACAUGAUCAACGGCGUGCCGGUGGCCAUCAAAUUCGAACCGCGCAAGACCGAAGCACCGCAGCUCCGCGAUGAGUAUCGCACCUACAAGCACCUCGCCGGGACCGAGGGCAUCCCCGGCGCGUACUACUUCGGUCAGGAAGGCCUCCACAACGUGCUUGUGAUUGACCUUCUCGGGCCGUCGCUCGAGGAUCUUUUUGACUGGUGCGGGCGCCGCUUCUCCGUGAAAACCGUUGUCCAGGUGGCCGUCCAGAUGAUCCUGCUCAUCGAACAAGUGCAUGCCCAUGAUUUGAUCUACCGCGACAUCAAGCCCGACAACUUUUUAAUCGGCCGCCACGGCAUGCCAGGCGAGAAUCACGUGCAUCUCGUUGACUUUGGCAUGGCCAAACAGUACCGUGAUGCGCGCACGAAGCAACACAUUCCGUACCGUGAGAAGAAGUCUUUGAGCGGCACGGCGCGUUACAUGUCUAUCAACACGCACUUGGGACGUGAGCAAUCGCGCCGUGACGACUUGGAGGCGCUCGGCCAUGUCUUCUUUUACUUCCUCCGCGGCCAGCUCCCGUGGCAAGGCUUGAAGGCGCCGACCAACAAGCAAAAGUAUGAGAAGAUUGGUGAGAAGAAGCGCACGACUCCGGUGUUGGAGCUCUCCGAGGGCUUGCCGCGCCAAUUCGCGCAGUACCUUGACCUUGUGCGCAAGUUGCCGUUUGACGCGGAUCCAGACUACGACGGGUACCGCCAGUUGUUGUUGUCGGUUUUGGACGACUUAGGCGAGACGGCCGACGGGGACUACGACUGGUUGCACCUCAACGGCGGCCGUGGCUGGGAUGCGACCAUUAACAAAAAGCCAAAUCUCCACGGAUACGGGCAUCCGAACCCACCAGGCGAACGCGACAGACGCCACCGAGAGAAGUCGCGGUCGAGACCGCACCAGCCGGCGCCAAAGCAGCCAGUGAAGCAGAAUCGUCCAUUGCCAUCGCUUCCUAGUAAGCAGGAGUAUAUUCCACAGUCACCACAAGCGCAGCCGCAGGAGCAGUACGAGGUGGCUGCGUCGCGCGUACGGGCGUCGCAGGUUCCACAGGAGGUGCAGUCAGUAGCAUCCAAGAAGGGAUUCUGGGCGAAGCUUUGCUGUUCGUAG